GGGUACUGCUAGACUGACAGCGGGGUUGUUUUUUCUUUAGUUCCGCGACACGAGAAUAGACAUAUCCACCCGAAUCUGGUCUCAAGAUAGCGCUUGCGUCGUCAUGUAAGGCGACCCCGUUCUAAUUCCCCACAUCAGACACAUGUACAGCAGCCGUCAUGAGUGAAAAAUGUUUCAUUGUUGGUAUUUUUUGCUUUGGGUACGGCCGGGUGCAACGUUCGGUUGGGUUGUUACUAACAAACUUACUUGUCUUUCCUCCUUCCCCGAUCCCUGAACUCGUCGAACAGUGCUACCAGGUCGCAUGUAGACCUGCACUACAACUAAACUGUAUAUAGUCGUUACCUUUCUGCCACGGGUGUGCUUUGAUCAACCGAUAUCCUGCAGUAGCCUGUUGCAGUAUCCGUGACUCUGACUUACACAGGACUCAGUCAGUUCCAUCGAGAUUACUUCUUUGAAGACCAGCGUGCUCGCCGAGCUUAGCGGUUUCAGGAGAUCUGCGUUUCCAAACGCUUGCUUGGGAAACCCAACCGCCGGGCCGGGAAGAGAAUAGACAGUCGGAGAAGUACCGGUACAUUGCAGGUGAUAGGAGAUGGCGUCCAAGUCCAAGGAGGCGUACAAAGAUUUCUCGAAGGGCAGCGACGUCGUGGCGCAGUGGAAAGUGCCACUGCGGGACAAGACUCACAUUGUGGCGUUCGAGCAUGGAGCAAUGCUGACUGGCCGGCGAGUAGUGUUUGUCGACGGCGACGUGGUGGUGCGCAAGGAGUUUGUCUUCAACUUGCUCGGCACGGAAUCGUUCCGGAUCGGCGAUACCAAAUGCGCGGUGCUCAUUGAUCCUGGCGAGCAUGGAUGGACAUUCAAGUACACUCUCAUCGUCAAUAAGAAGCCACUGGAAACGUUUUUGAAGGAUAACGGCUUGAUGACGAAAACAUGGCUGCCUAUGAUCAAAGGCCAGCCACGACGAGUUGUGCUAGAAAAAUCUGAUAUAACGAUAUAUGUGGAUGGCAAGAAAGUAGAAACAGUGGCUGAAUUUAUGGAUUCAGAUGAUGAGGAUGGCUCGGAAAGCCACACCGGCACAUGGCAGAACUUCAUGAUUGACGACUCGGCGUGUUGCAAGAUCAAGGUCUACAGUUCACAGGACCGAUUCAAGGGCAUGCUCUACGAUCUGUACGUGCAUGACAAACUUGUCCCGGUAGCUACACGAGACAAGAUACUGGAGACGGAGCGACCCUCCUGACCGUGGGGAAAAUCCGAUGAUAUCAGACGGUCGGGUAAUCUGUGGGUGAGCUCUGAACCGCGUGAAGUUUCCCGCCUUUACAGCUUUGUGGGCUCACAAAGCAAUAAAAGCCACACAGCCAAAGUUUCUCUGAAGAACAGCAUUGAUCAUAGUGUUCCCUAGUCGCAAACUUUCAACAUACGAUUUGUAGUGCUAUGUCCUCCAGCAUAGUGAUGAAGAGUAGGAAUCUAUACCAUAUUAUUAGCAAAGAAAAGGACCGUCCAAGGAACUACAAGUUACGCUAUAAUGUCCACUAACACCACCAGUUACUUGUUAGUGGACAUGAUAGCGUAACUUGUAGUUCCUUGGGCCUCAGGCUUUUCUUUGCUAUAAUCUGCUCUCCAUCUGAGUCUAUUAUACCAUAUUACUGGUCAAAGUUCACUUUUAAAAGUGACAAAGUGAUGAUACAGCUUUUCGACACUAUUCAGUGUAGCUUCUUUGGCAUUGGACUUAGUAAACUUGAACACACAUGCUAAUGUGUGACAAGUGUGUGUUUUUGCAGCUAUUUAGUUGCGGCCUCCGGGGCAAGUUGAGAUUUGGCUCUUCCUUGUCAGAACUUGAUAUCACAUGCCAUGGUAGCACACUGUCUCAGCACAAUGAAUGUCACAGUACAUGUCCUGUAGAAACAGUGCCUUCCCAUCCCAAGAUUAUGGUUUCAGCUAACUUUCUACUGCUCCGUAGCAUUUCAUCAGCGUAACGUUACAGUCAUUGUAAUUUUUAGUCAA